GGAGAGGGAGAGGGAGAGCAGGAGCCUGCAGGAAUCAGAGACCUUUCUUUUGUCCUCUCGUUCUCGGGACCCAGACACAUGGGGUCAACGCAGGCUGAAUGGGUUCCUACUGAAAAGACUGCCUCGGACUCGGACGCACGCAGACGCCGAUGAGAGAGCGCGCGCUAAUUACGAAAACCUGGUCGAGCAAUUAACACCGAGGAGAGAAGCCGCGCGGAAAGAGCUCAUUUAGCUCCCUGGUCACCUUGGCACCAUGAGUUGGAGCUUCCUAACCCGUCUGCUGGAUGAGAUCUCCAACCAUUCCACCUUCGUGGGGAAGAUCUGGCUAACUGUGCUCAUCAUCUUCCGCAUCGUUCUGACAGCCGUCGGCGGUGAAACCAUCUACUACGAUGAACAGAGUAAAUUUGUCUGCAACACGCAGCAGCCCGGGUGUGAGAACGUGUGCUACGACGCGUUUGCUCCGCUCUCGCACGUACGAUUCUGGAUCUUUCAGGUGAUCUUGAUCACCACCCCCACCAUUAUGUACCUGGGUUUCGCCAUGCACAAGAUUGCUCGCAUGGAUGACAACGAGUACCGGCCCGUCCGGAGCCCCAAGAAGAGGAUGCCCAUCGUCAGCCGCGGGGCAGUUCGAGAUUACGAGGAAGCCGAGGACAAUGGAGAGGAAGACCCCAUGAUAGCUGAAGAGAUUGAACAAGACAAGCCCGACAAAGAAGAAAAAAGCUCAGAGAAAAAGCAUGACGGUCGUCGGCGGAUCCUGCGCGACGGCCUGAUGAAAGUCUACGUGUGCCAGCUGCUGUGGCGCUCCUCCUUCGAGGUCGCCUUCCUUUUCGGCCAGUACGUCCUCUACGGCUUUGAGGUGAUACCCUCCUACGUCUGCACUCGCUCGCCGUGCCCGCACACCGUGGACUGCUUUGUGUCCCGCCCCACCGAGAAGACCAUUUUCCUGCUGGUGAUGUACGUCGUGUCUUUCCUCUGCCUGCUCCUCACCCUCUUUGAAAUCCUCCAUUUGGGCGUGGGCGGCAUCCGCGACACCUUCCGCAAGCGGGCCAUGCUCGGCUCCCGUGCCCCCCUUCCAUCCUCCUCGCGUUCCAUGCCCACGGCUCCGCCCGGAUACCACGCCACCGUCAGGAAGGAGAAACUGAAAGGAGACCUGAGGGACUCGCCGAUGGCCGACUCCGGGCGGGAGAGUUUCGGGGACGAGGGGCCGUCGUCCAAAGAGCUGGAGCGGUUGAGGAGGCACCUGAAGCUGGCCCAGCAGCAACUGGACCUGGCCUACCAGGUGGAUGAGGGAAGCCCUUCACGGAGCAACAGCCCCGAGGUCAACGCGGCUGCACAGACGGCCGCCGAGCAGAAUCGCCUCAACUUUGCCCAGGAAAAGCAGGGGGAGGCAAGCGAGAAAGGAAUACAUGCCUGAGUGUGCUUCCUGCCUCAAACGUCUGUUCUUCCAUUCCCACUGGCCUUAAACACAUGGAGGAAGCGCAUAUCAGAGGGCAGUCAGACCACUGAGGGAGACCACAGCGUGUGUGUGUGUGUGUGUGUGUUUGUUUGUGUGUGGAUGAGAGAAAUAAGCCUUUCAGUAUUAGGGGUCAGACAGUAAAGAGAAAAAUGCUGACCAAGCUGUGUUGUGACAAAUGGUUCAUCUCCAGGACUCUAAACUUGAAAGCCGGCCACAUCUCUGGUUUCUGCAUGCUAACCUCCUUCCAAACCUUGACUGUGCCUUUGGCUGAAACCUUGUCUACACCCUGUUCUUUCGCCUGCUCUUGUGUUUUUGUGGCCAUGCAGUAAUCCUCGUCCAUUUCAGACCUUGUAAGGAUUAUCGAAAGCUUUAAAGUCCUCUGGCCAACCAAGUGUGCUUGUGUUGUCUCCCUCACAAAAGAGAGGCUCUCUAUUUAUGAAAUGUUGCCGAAUGUUGGUCUCACUUUGACAAUCUCAAAGAACGCAGCCUUUGGUUAUGUCAUUUCUGGAGCGUGUGCAGCAACAAAGGCGGCCUAACCUGCGCUAGAUGAGUCCUGUUUAAUUUAAACCGAUUUAAUGUUAGGGUUAAUGUUGAUCAGCCACAAACCACACCAUUUCAGAAAUAUUUGACAGAAUUUUGAAGCCUGUAUAUUUACUCCAAUUGGCCAAAAUGUUUACCUGGGAAAUGCUUGAAUUCUUUAACGACAGGAAAUGUUCCUAAGAAUAAUUUUUUUUUUUUUUUUUUUUUUGUACAAUCCAUUCAUUUAAAAUAUUCCAUUUAUUUUUACCAGUACUUAACUAGAAUAUUUACUUUUGUCUAGAAGGGACGUUUUGGAACCACAAAUGCCAGCUCUUUCACACGCUCUUAGAUGUCAGUAAACCCCUUCUUUCCUAAAUGAUGUAACUAUAAAAGAAAAAAUGAUUCAUCACAAUGUUCGUUAUUGCAGAAAUUUAAAGAAUAAUUUUGACAUUUUGUGGGGUUUUUUAUUAUUUUUUUGCUAACAGCUGGAAACCUCUGUCUUCUGGGCUACUGUCAACAACGAAAUUCUAUCCUUUUUGAAAUUUACAUUCUUCUUUGGUGAGGCAUAUUUUCCAUCCUUGACAUGCACCACUACCCCUCGGUUGUGCUGAAACAUGGAUGCUUUCAUCUAUCCUGGAAGAAACGCAACCCAGCUGAGGAAAGGAUGACAGUUGGCUGCUGACACACGGCCCUGUGCCAUGUAAACACGCAUAAUCUACAAUUCAUCAUCAGACUUUUGAUCAAUAGCUUUCAGUGUUCAUACAGAGGUCAUACUUUUUCAUAACCUGUCAGUUAGAUUAAUGAUCUUUGGCUGAAAUAAUGAAACUACAGAUUGCCAAAGAGCUGUUUGAUGCUGUAUUUUUUUAUUUUAUUUUUUUUUGUAAUCAUCUCACUUCCACUUUUGCUACUUAUUGCAAGGUACGACAUUCCGUUUUGAAUAUGGUAUUUCAAUGUUUUUUUUUUUUUUUUCUAUUGCCAGUUUUGUAGUUUUUGUAACUGUAGAGAUUAUUUUGUCUUCAGAGUAAAUAAAUAUAUUUGAAAAGUA